AAUUGAGCUCAGUUCAGGGUCCGGGUCUGCUAACUGUUUCACAACAACUGACCUGUGACUGGAAGUAGGCCUGGAGCCAGUUACUCAGCACUUUUCUGAUCCAUUAUAGUUUUACUUGCGCGACUGCAAACUGUUGGAGAGAUAUUUUCCAUCUCAGACUACACCAUGGCUUCCUUUCGAACACUUUCUGCUGUUAGAUCUUCUGUCAUUGCCAAAGGUCUUGUCAGGCCCUUGAGCACUCGCGCCUCAACGUCGAGCCGGAGCAAAGGAGCCUUGCUGUUGGGUACGGCCACGGCCGGUCUAAUCGGCUACGGAGCGUACAGGAAAUGGGAUGUGUUCACCGCCAAGGACGAUGCUGCCAAAGCUGUCAUGUCAGUGGUCAAUUCUUCGGCCGUCACCGCCGCUGGACCACCCCAAGCUCAGCCCUCGGUGUUUUCUCCGGGAAAGAACCACGCUCUGUACCUGUGGAUUCAUCUGAAGCCCGAGGCAAACUCCAAAGAAGUUGCUCGUGCUUGUGCGAAGCUGCAGAAGCUUGUUGAUGCCGUGGUAGACCCGGCCAUGAAGGAUGAAGACGAUGAAAUUCUCGCCGGCGUUGGGUUUGGACCAAAUUUCUAUGCUCAGGUGACGGGGAGAAAAGCUCCCAAGAACUUCACUUACCCCUAUAGGAAAGGUGCUCUUGGUGACAUGCCUAGCUCAGGUGGAGAAAUCUUCAUCCACGCCAAGUCCAACGAAACCAGCAAGCUGUUUGAGCUGUGCCAGCUGUUCAUCCGCUCCCUGCCCAAAGACAGCGUGGACAAGUUUGAGGAUAUUUAUAGCUUCGUCUACCAGAACGGCAGAGAUCUCUCAGGGUUCAUUGACGGAACGGAGAACAGAGCUGACGAUGAGGGCAGACAGGAGGUGGCCGUGGAGAAAGAAACUGGUGGGAGCUAUGUUAUUACCCAGAAGUGGAUUCAUAACCUGGACGUCAUCAGUACCGAGAAAACAAAAACGCUCGAGUCAUGGGUGGGGCGCGACAAAAGUGACAGCACAGAGCUCUCCCGCAAGUCCAUCUCAUCUCAUGUAGCCCGGAUGACCAGCGGCAAUGGUUUCCAGUCUCCCAAACCCGUGGAAAUUGUCCGUCAGUCCAUGCCCUUUGGCACCAUCAGUGGGGAAGCCGGACUGUUUUUCAUCGGCUACGCCGCUAACCCAAUCAACUUUGAGUACAUGUUGGACAGAAUGGUGGGCUCUGGAGGCGAUGGUCAUUCUGACGACAUCAUGAGACUGUCCAAGAAUGUCAAGGGAAACUACUGGUAUUUCCCUGGAGCGCAGGAUUUGGCGAAGCUGGCUUAACUUCAAGGGUUUUCCUUGCAUUUUUUAACCGUCUCGUAGGGGAGUGUAAUAAUAAUAUUCUACCUAUGAGAAAAGGAUAUUUGUAUAAAUAAUAUCUAUAGCAGCUCAGCUGGUCAUAUCCUGUAGUAGGUUUUUGCUAACACUCUAAUCUUGCCAUUACUGGAACUGAAACUAUUCCUUUCAGAGCUAACAAAUGUCCCGGCUGGCUGAUAGUUUUUUCGUAGUAUACUUACAUGGUACCAAACUUUGUAUUGUUUGUAUCAGUGUCAGGCCAUAUAGCAAUUUUUAUCUACACUUUAAUAAUUUGUGUUUAUUAUUAUUAAAGAAUAGACUUGUUAGUAGUAAGAAAAAUUCUGUUGCAUGGUCAGCCUUGUUUUCGUUGUUUUGUGUACAGGAGAAAAAAACAAAUUAUUGUUAGCCAAUUUAUGUGUCUCAGUUGUUGAUCUUUUCCACACUGUCAUACAAUAAAUUACAAGUUUUGUUGCUUUACAGACGACAGCAUUCGUCGCAAUUAUUGCUCUGUUAUUGCCAUAUAUAUUGAGAAACCAAGUGUCAUGGUGCUACAUUCCAUUUGUUUCAGUUUUCAAAAGAUGUCAAAAAUAUCCCAACAGGGCACUGGUAUAAUGUCUUUAAAUUUACCUUUUGGUGUUUAAAAAGCCUUCGAUAUUGUUCUUUAUCUGUGGGAGGAUGUUUUUGAGCAGUGAUGCACGUUCUCGAAGAAGAGUUGAAAUGUUCUUUGCCGUUGUGAAGUUAAUCGCUGUUAUUUUUGUAUUUCAUUUAUUCGACCUGCUUGUUCGGCAGACCAAAAUUUUUACGCUGUGGUCUUAGACAAAGAUCACCCGUUUUUUCUAUUUUUGUCACAAUUUUCCAUUGUGCCUUACACUGUUCAUUAAUAAGGAUGUUAUGUUGUUCCUGGAAAGGUUUUGAUGCUGCUACUACUAACUACUAUAAAAAGAGAUAAUGGAAAUGUCUACUUUUCAAAAUUGUUUUUUUUUUUUCAAAUUUCUGGAUAUGAUUGUGCGUGAUGUGCUGAAGGGUUUUGAUAUUUUUCUAUAAUUUUUAAUAGCAAUAUGGAAUUGUCUGUUUUUGUUCAAAAUUCCUACUUUUUUUUUUCAAAAUUCCUUUUUAUGAAAUGUGAUUUACCAAACAAAAAAAAGUCUGUCUAUGCUUGCCGUGGUCCUUAUAAGGCUGUUACCAUUGUUUCUCUACUAUGAUUUUAAUUUAUACUUGAUUUUCAUCACCGGUAUUUGUGGAGUUAAUACUGCCGUGUGUCUGUAAGUUCACAUUCUGUAACCAGAAGUAACUUCUUGCCUGUUCUCCUGUUGUAGCAUACGCUCAUUGUUUUUCAAAUGGUGUUCAUGCUAAGCUUGAUACCCAGACUCAAAAGUUUCUCCACGUCUAAUUUGUCAGCUUAUGCAAUAAAAUAUAUUUAAUGUUAACAAAUG